AAGCGAGCCAGAGGUCUUCGGGAUUUGGCCGCAGAUGCGCACUGUGGCUGCAGGAGGACGCAGCGAGAGCGCUGAGUGACAUUUGAAUCCGGUGGAAAUGGGGUCUGGAUGCUCUUUGGAGGGACUUUACACUGGGAAGUUCGGAUGGAAGCGGUGGGACGUUUGUUUUUAGAUGUGGUAUCAAGCUGCAGCUGACCGCACACUUUAUCUGGCUACUGAUGUGUUCUGUAAGCAGACAGAGGAUUCCUGAGAUUACAUUGGGUUUGGGGCUAAAACAGAACAAGCAGAAGAGAAUCAGUGACUACACCACUGCACUGAGGAAUUAAGGUACAACUACCUCUUCAUCAGUGCAGCUCAGAUGAUGUCAAAUCUAUUUUACAAGGUCAGAGGGCAAAUGUCUGUCCCAGAGAGCAUUUGCCUAAAAUGUCUCAUCUUUCAUCAUUUAUCAGAAGAUAAAUUGAUGGAGACUUUUUGCAGUGAUGGAGAACAGGAGCCUCAUAGAAACUAGUGGAUAAAAUGUAGCAAGACUCUUCAGUAUGACAUAAGCACAGAACCCCCUCCUCCCCAAGCACACACUCACUUUCAGGGAUGGAUCCCAUGAACUUUACAACUGUCAUCGACAAUGGGUUUGUGGACGAGGCGCCAUCGAGUCGUGUCCUAACUGGUUGUUUUCUCUCGCUGCUCAUCCUCACCACCUUGCUGGGAAACACUCUGGUUUGCGCGGCCGUCACCAAGUUUCGCCAUCUGCGUUCUAAAGUGACCAACUUUUUUGUGAUCUCGCUGGCCGUGUCCGACCUAUUGGUUGCCAUCUUGGUGAUGCCCUGGAAAGCAGUGACGGAGAUCGCCGGAUUCUGGCCGUUUGGCUCUUUCUGCGAUACCUGGGUGGCUUUUGACAUUAUGUGCUCCACGGCCUCAAUUUUGAACCUUUGCGUCAUAAGCCUGGACCGCUAUUGGGCCAUCUCCAGUCCUUUCCGCUAUGAGAGGAAGAUGACACCCACAGUGGCCUAUAUUAUGAUCAGUGUGGCCUGGACGCUGUCUGUCCUCAUUUCCUUCAUUCCAGUGCAGCUCAACUGGCAUAAAGCCCAAACCAAAUCUUACACUGCUCUUACUGGGUCCUCUGUUUCACCGGCAUCAAACGCUACAUCUUACCCAGAGAACUGUGACUCAAGCCUGAAUAGGACCUACGCCAUCUCCACCUCUCUUAUAAGCUUUUACAUCCCUGUGGUCAUCAUGGUGGCCACCUACACACAGAUUUACCGCAUUGCCCACAGACAAAUCAGGAGGAUCUCUGCUCUAGAGCGGGCAGCCGAAAGUGCCAAAAACAGACACGACAGCAUGGGCAGAGGUUCCAGCAUUGCAGACUCAGAGAGCUCCUUCAGGUUGACAUUCAAGAGGGAGACAAAGGUGCUGAAGACGCUGUCAGUUAUAAUGGGGGUGUUUGUGUGUUGCUGGCUCCCAUUUUUCAUCCUCAACUGCAUGGUGCCCUUCUGCGAGCAGUCGAGCGGAGGGGAGGCUUUCCCCUGCAUCAGCCCCACCACGUUUGAUGUGUUCGUGUGGUUCGGCUGGGCUAAUUCCUCCCUAAACCCCAUCAUCUAUGCCUUCAAUGCGGAUUUCCGGAAGGCCUUCUCCAUCCUGCUGGGAUGCCACAGACUGUAUCCAGGAGGCCACGACAUAGAGACGGCCAGUCUAAACAAGAAAUGACUCACAGCUCUCUCACAGCACUGACUCAUCCCUUAAUUCUUAAAACAGUCCAAGAGGUCCUGUUGCAGCCGGUCUGAUUGACUUGAAAUGCAAAGACUGCUUUCGUGCGCUAACUCUUAUUUUGACUGAAGGGUACGACGACCCCACAUGCACCCAUGUUUGCAUUAGGUGAAUGGUCUGCCUUUGUGAUGUCUACCAUAGCGGGCUUGCUGUGCUCGCCAUUGUCCCUACACUGUCUUCAGAACGGAGAAGCUCCCGAUAGAGGAGAGAGGAUUUGGGAUUGAGAUUAAAAUCCGCCGCUGUAGCAACAGGGAUCUGGGAGAGCAGCGGUGCUGACAAGCUCUUGGGAUAGAUAAUCCCAUGACUGGGCAGCACACACCCUAAUGAUGUCAGACACUGCUCUCUUCUAUAUCAUCAAACACACACACACAAACAAACACUGUCAAAACAUGCUCCCCAAAAUACCAUGUAGCACCCAGCAUGCACACUACAACAACAAAUUCCAUGACAGCACACAGAAACACUGUUAGUCUUUACACUGACAUUUCAGGACCUGCAAAGACUCCAGCAGUAAAGCAUCAAGCCAAAUUAUGUUGAACAUAUGUACAGGUAAAGUACAUCCACAAGUGACUUAAUAUUACAGCUAGAAUGAAAAGUGAAUAGAUUCAAGUGUAAAAGGAAAUCCCUGAGAAGUGGAGACGUAAAAAUGUGAUCUGAAUCCGUAUAGGAUGCAGAGAUGGGGAAAAACAAGCCGACUGCCUCGUUACUGAUUGAAAUGUUAUUUAUAAAUCAUCCACAUUUGGAAUCAUUAUAACUUUAAACCAAAUUUACAAACUUGUGACCUCAGAAAUGACACCAGUCAGUGACAACAUUAAAACCAUUCGCCUAAUAUUGUGUAACACUUUGGGCCCUGUGGGUUGUGAGUUGGGGCAACGGUGGAUUGCAUCCUGGAGAUGCUCGACUGAAGAUCUGCUAAGUUCGGAGGCCAGGUCAGUGCCUCGGGCUCUUCUUGUGUCGAGUCAUCACUGAGCAGUUUUGCAGGGUGGAGGGGUGCCUUGACCUGCUGUAUUCAGGGAAUAAAUUGCCACUGGAUUGUGUUUGUUCUGCCGCUAUGUUCAUGUGGGAGGAAUAUGUCAAAGUAACAUCUAGAUAAGUGUUUGAGCCCAAAGUUUCCCUGCAGAGCAUUCCAUUUUUACCAGAUAAAGAAUGUUAUUCAUUUUACCUGUUUGUGGUUUUAAUGUUGUAUCCAAUUGCCUGAUUUGUCCAGUGCUUGAAAGUGUUUAUUGGCAGAAGACAGUAUUGUACCUGCUAUGGAUGGGAUUAUUAUGGGAUUAUGGGUUCUUUAUGUGAAAAUUGAAAUGGGUUGGUGUAAUGUUGUUUUAUGUUCCUGUGAAAUUUAACAGAAAUACAGUGUCAACUGGUGACACUUCUGUUGUGCCAUAAAUUGCAUAGUGAAAGCACAUCUAAAUGACAAUUGUGUCAUUUUUUGUGACUGUUAUUUAAAAUGGGUCUUGUUCUCACUGAUUUUGUCACUGUUGUUAUUGGUUUGGAUACAUUACUGAAUUUCUCAGUGAACUCCAACAAGGCAAUAAACACAAGAUGCCAGACAAUCAGCCAGCCUACAGUUUAGAGCAUUACAACUACUGCUUUUCUGAGUUAAACCUAACAAGACGGACAAUGCAAAAAAGCAACUUGUGGCACAAGACGGGCAACGGGACUCACAUACAAAAUAUAAGUUAGAAAGAAACAGAGGGACACCAUAAUUUGUAAGAAUUAAUUAAAAACCACACAACUCUAUUGGGAAAUAAAAGUCCACUUAUCAGCUAUGCUACUUCACUUGAAACAUAAAUGAAUUUUGGUGUAAUAAAGAUGCCUUUUAAAAAAAACUUAUUACAUCAUACCAUUCAAGUUGCUAGUUUGACACGAAAUGCAUUAGACCACAGUUUAAAUUGUGCUUUAGACUGAUUUUUACAUUUAUUUACGGCUGUACUUAAACUCUGCAAAUUUAAUAAUAUGUUUUCUAUAUCAAAUGUAUCUUUUCAUUUCCAAUAAAGCCCCCCAAAAAUAAAAAAUCAGUAAUCAUCAGAAGAAUUUUGCUCAUAAAAGAUGAAUAAACAAGACAAAUCUUAAUUAUUAUUAUCUGUAUUAUUUUAGUGAGGCCACUAUGUUCCCAUAUAAUGAAUAA